CUCAGGCAUACAAGUUGCUGUGAUCCCGGAAAGCCUCUGCAGGGAGGUAACAUUUCAUAAAAUGUGUGUUUAUGGAUGCAUUCAACAUGUGUACUGUGGAAUUAACAUAUAUCAACCUGGCUUGAAUUUGAAUAUUAAUUUGUGAUGUUGGAUGUCUACACUUGUCUGUAAAAUUCAGAGGAGUUUCCAGUGCCUUUCAAUUUUAAAGUUUCAUUUCUCUUACUGAAAUGCCACUACAGAUUGCUGCUGUAGCUUUCAAACAACUCUUGUCAUCCUGUAGGGGCGUAUACUGCAAUAGAUAAAUUCUAUUGUUUCACAAAUAUUUGCGUCAUUAGGGUCCAUCAUAGCUUUGUUUUGAUUAUGCAAAUAUUGAAUUAUUUCUAUGCUAAAUAUGUCGUCAUUAAUUUGCCCGCUCAUUGAUUCUGUUAACUAAGCUGGUAUAAUCAGGCUAGUAAAGCACCGGCAAACAACAACUUGGAUAAGAAUUGUCCACUUUGAAUCAAGCUUGUGAAGAACACACCUGUUUGGUACAGGAGGAUCUGGCAGCUUUCCAUGCGUUUAUCCGAUUGUCAGGCUCAGUAAAAAUUAUGGAUUUUUGACACCCCAUCAUAGAAGCCCAUUCCUAUACCGGUGGAAUAUUCGCAUGUUUUGUCAAACCACCCUUACCAUAACAGAGUGACGCAGGGUUUUUUUUUUCCGUGGAUAAACAAUGCAAAGCUUGUAAUCGUUUGGAUUUGUAGAUCUAGUGUCCGCAAACAGGUAAAUUUACCCACCUUUGUGACCAUAAACAUGCCAUUGGAUGAUAUAUUUUCAACAGUUGGUGGAAAAAUUAGUUCCAUCGGUGACAGUGUCACUUCAACUGUUUCAUCAAUUGGGGAUUCGGUUGAAUCCUCCUUCACAUCAUUUUUUGGUCUUGAAAAAAGAGAACCAUCCAAGCCGGAGGAGAAUGUAGAGAAUAAUAACAAUGUACAGCUAGAUGAAGAGGAUACACUUGUUGAAAUUAAAAAUGACCCAAACAACGAAGGGGAAUUCCUUAUUGAAGAGGAACAGGUUAUCAGUGGAGAAACAAGUGAAACUGCACAACCUGAGGAUUUAGACUUUCGAAAGGGGUCACUUGCUGACCUUCAUUAUGAAGCACAGGACUUACCAGAUGAUGGUGUCAGGCGUUCCCGAUCUCCAAGCUACAGAGAAUAUGAACAUUCUCGGAGAUCGUCAUCGGUUAAGAGUGCAGGGACUGAGGAAUUUUUCCCAACAAAUGUGAAAGGUGAACAAGGUUAUGAACCACCAGUUCGAUCUGAAGACCUGGGUGAUGUUGAGCAAGGUACUGUGGGUAGCGGAAGUUUUGGUUCGUCAGGUGGGCUUUUUGACCAGGAUGAUGAAAACGACACAAUCGCCAUGGGAGGCGAGGCUGGAGAGGAAAAGCCAAGGGAACCACCACCAACUGUAGGUAACCUUGAAGUAGCAUUUUCAUACAGUGGGGAAGCACGAAGAAUGAACAUCACUGUCGUUAAGGUCUCAGAUAUUCCUGCAAAAGAUCGAGGUGGCCCCGGAAGCUGUCGGGUCCGACUUGCCCUUAUGCCAAGUAAACGACAACGAGCAAAGACAAGGAUUCGUGAGGGCGAGAAUCCAGAAUUUAAAGAACUCUUCCGUUUCACACGUCUUUUUCCGCAUGAAUUAGCAAGUACAUCAAUGAGGUUCCGACUAUUUGGAACAGAAAAGAUGCGUAAAGAACAGUUGAUUGGUGAAUGUGUGACCAAGUUUUCAUCUUUGAAUACGAAUACGACAACCACACAGACCAUAACGAUACCAAUCCUUGCCCGUAGUGAUACGGUAAGUAGUGGGACAUCUUCUCCAUAUUCCAGUUCUUCAGAUCUGUCACACAGUGAGAGUAACUCAUCGUUACAGUCCAUGCAACAUGGUGGAAUGCCUGAGCUUCUCGUGGGGCUUUCAUACAAUUCAACAACAGGACGGUUAUCGGUUGAAAUUCUCAAAGGCAGUCAUUUUAAGAAUUUAGCUGCUGGCCGUGCUCCAGAUUCAUAUGUAAGAGUGUCACUCAUGUCAUCGAGUGGGUUUGAGAUGACCAAGAGUAAAACUUCAAUUCGUCGUGGUCAACCAAAUCCAACUUUCAAAGAAACAUUUAUCUUCCAAGUGGCACAGUUUCAGCUUCCAGAUGUCACGCUACUUUACACGGUCUUCAACAAACGUGCCAUGAAGCGCAAAGAGACUUUGGGCUGGUUUUCAAUGGGUCUACAGAACAGCAGCGAAGAAGAAUUGGCUCACUGGAAUGAAAUGCGGGAUUCUAAGGGCCACCAGGUCUGUAGGUGGCAUGCUCUUCUUGAACCAUAAGUGUUUACUACCCUCUACGGCUAACUGUCAACCAACUUCAAUGAUUUCUCCAUUCCUCUCCUCCCCUACAAUAUUGUAGCCUGAAACUGUCAUCUAUGUAUGUACUCAAAUUAUAAUUAUUCAUCAAGAUGGCAUAAAAAAUCGAUUACUAUCUUUCGAUUUAAAAAAAUCAUGUAACAAAUUUUACCAAAGGAGCUGUUAUUGAAACAUAUUUGUCAAUAGGUAUGUAUUCUCAAAUGUAGAGAAUAGGACUAACUAUAGUUUUCAACUAAUGUUAUUCCUGGACUAAUUAAAGUAUUAUCAAUAUUAAAAUAUUUAUGAAUAUUUACUUAUUUUUUUCAUUUGUUUAAUAUUUUGUACAUUUUCAGAGCAGUUGUAUCCUCUGGAAAAGAUACAUCACUGCAUGUGUAGCAAUUAAAUUACUGGAAUGCAGUGUAAUUUUGUCCUGUACAAAAUAUUUUUGGUACAAUAUUAUAAAAACAUGUACGGACUAGUCGAUGGAACUACCCUAAACUUAAACCAUACGUUAUUUGUUAAAUUUGUAAAAUUUGUUUUCAUUCUAUACCAAAAAUUGUAUACUUUAGAAUUUAUUUUUGCCUUUUACUUUAAAAAAAAUUCAAUUUUAAGCUUUAGGCUUGGUGAAGUGGUAUACAAUGACUUGGUAGUUUUACAAUAUAACUUGUAAUAUAAAAAAAAAUAAUAAUAAUGUAUUAUAAGAAUUCUUCAUUAUCAGUUUUAAAAAGAAAAAAGAAAAAUCAUUUUGAUGUACAACCAAUUUAAAUCUGUAUUUCACCAUGUUACCAUGUUUUAAAUCAUAUUAUGUAUAGCAUAUGAUAGAUAUACAUAUAUAUAAUAAUCUACAUAAUAAUGUAUAUAAUAAAGAAUAUAUAAUAUAUAUAUAAUAUGUACAUACAUAUGACUGUGAACAAAUUUAAUGGCAGCAACAUCAUUCUCAACACAUUCUAAUAAUGUAAGAGGCAUUUAUUUGAGUAAAUAUGUAUUCAUUUUACACCAAACAUCCUGAGGUGUUUAUAUAAAUCAUAU